CUCGUGUCCGACCGCGUCCCGGAGAUCAUUCUCACACUUCAAAUGGGAAUCCAAGGACUUCUGCCUUUCCUCAAAGACAUACACCGUCAUGUUCACAUAAGUACAUAUCGAGGGCAAACUGUAGCUGUAGACACAUACGUAUGGCUUCACCGAGGCGCAUUUGCUUGCGCAUUAGAGCUGGCCACUGGGCGUCCCACUCGCAAAUAUGUAGAUUAUUGUAUGAGACAAGUGCAGUUUCUGCUAAAUCACAAUGUCCGACCAAUCAUGGUUUUCGACGGGGGUUGCCUUCCCAUGAAAGCUGAAACUGAGAAGCAACGACGAAAACGACGAGAAGAUAAUAUGAAGAAAGGACAUCAGUUUCUACGGACUGGCCAAAUGAUGAAGGCAACAGACUGUUUCCGGCAAUGUGUGGACGUUACACCGCGGAUGGCAUAUGAAGUCAUCAAGGAGCUUCAAAGGGCAAAUGUCGAGUACAUCGUGGCCCCAUACGAGGCGGAUGCUCAGAUAACUUUUCUGUUAAACUCUGGGCUAGCCAGCGCCGCCAUUACGGAAGAUUCAGAUCUCCUCGUUUUUGGGUGCUCUAAGGUGUUGCUAAAGCUCGAUCGAGAAGGAAAUGCAGUCGAGAUAAGCAUUGACGACUUUGGACACAUAGAUGGAAUGGAGACUUGGACACAUCGUCGAUUUCGCCAAAUGUGCAUCUUAUCUGGAUGCGACUAUCUAGAGUCGCCUCAAGGCGUGGGGAUAAAAAAAGCUCACGGGCUAUUGAAGUACAAAGACGCAGAGGAACUCAUUAAGGGCUGGAGAUGGGGGCGAGCUGUCAAUGCACCAAAAUGCCCCGGUGACUAUCUGGAGCGCUUCCGUCUUGCCGAAUUGACUUUUUUGCACCAACGAGUUUACGAUCCUCGGAGUGGCACUAUCAUCCAUUUGAAUCCUCUACCUAGCAAUUUACAGCUCGAUACCCAACUGAUUCGAUUUCUUGGGCCUGACCUCUCACCUGACAUAGCCAAAGGAAUUGCAACCGGGAUUCUUGAUCCCGACACAAAGUUGCCGUUCGAAGGCGACGCGGGGCUACCACUUGACGCAAAUGCCACCAGUGCAGGGCCUUCUCUCCCACCACCUAGUAACUCAAUGGACACAACUGUUGCAGAACCAGCAAAUACCAAGGAGAACCUCUCACCCAUGAACUUCCAGGGAACGCACUUCAAAGGUCCACCCUCUGAGCCGGAUAAGCCAAGUAUAUGUGCUGAUUCAACCCCCAUAUUUCAACACUCUCCACAUUCCAAAAUACUGAACCUCAAACCUCGCAAUGUAUCUCUACCCGAUGAGAAAAGUGUCAGCCGGACUGGAAGCAUUUCUCCCUUUUUCCAAAGCCUGUCCAGCCUUGGCAAACAGGCUGCUAAACGUGAGCUGUUAACACCUCGCAAAGUGGAGGACAUGGACGAAACAGGAUCCUCUGCGAAAGCUGAAAUUCCCGCGUUGAUGGCAUCACAGGAUGACAGUCAAGAUGCUUCAAGUCAGACUGCGAACGAUGGGUCCCUAGUCAAAAGAAGUUGGAAUGAUCAACCGCUUUCGAUAUCAUCCCAACCUCUGCAGACAAGUGCAAGCGGAACUAUAUCCCUUGGAAUCACUUCGACCAGAGUUGAGAAAAGUGUCAAACGACGGAAGUCAGAUACGGAGACCGAUGGCACCCUCAUCGCUUCGUAUAGUUCCGCACAAGAAUUCACCUCUACGGUAGAGAAGGUGUCGUCAUCCACACUAAGCGCUUCAACGACAAUACCUCCAGCUGCACAUGCACAACCUGGCAUAGGACAUCGUUCCAUAAUACGCACCCAUAUAUUCCGUAAGGGCGUUGUAGCUCAAGGAAUCGGUGCACGAUGUUCUAUUACACCCGCAUCUCACACGAAAUUUCGGCAGCAUGUACUGCAGUUCUCACAUGUGGGAAGCAGUACUUCCUUGAAAGCUACCAAAAAACGAUUAGGCGUUGGGAAAAUAAAGGAGAAGAGAUAGACAGCGGAACGUUUCUGAUGCUAUAUAUCGGCCUGACACGAUCGGAAUAGUUCUGCUCAUUUAUUCCCAUUGAUAGAGUAUUUGUAAAAUAGUGCCUGCAAAAGGAUCAACUGACGCCAUGCCGCGUAUGGAUCAGCGUGUAAAUAUACAAGAUAGAUCCAUCAGCAAAGCUCUUCUCCGCAA